CUCUCUCUUUUCUCAAUUGCAUUGUCACUUCCAUGACCUUAGAUCAAACCACGAAUCCACCAAUCAUGGAGUCAAAGACUAGACACCCUCUUCACCAGAUCGCAGACACGCCAACACACAAGCUCCUCCUGAAACAAUGGCUAAAAGAAGAAGAACUCAUCCUCAACCGCGUCUCCCACAAAGAGUCUCAGAUUGAUUCCGUCCGACGAGAGAUCACUCAGCUCUACAUCUUCUUCUUCCUCUUCCACUCCGUCUCUCUCCUCCUUCUCUUCCACGCUUCCUCUUCCUCUUCUUUAUCAGCCUGUAAGAGAACAUGGAUCCCUUCUCUUUGUGCCCUCGUGUCUUCUCUAGGACUCAUCUGGGCCGUGAGGUACAAGUCUGAAGUUGAGUCGCAUCUUGAGAAGUUGCUGGAGAGGGAGAAAGAAGACGCGAAGCUGUUGAGGAAGUGCGUUGAGGAGUUGAAGAAGAAAGGUGUUGAGUUUGAUUUGCUUAAGGAAGUGGACGCUCUUCGUAGGGCGAAGAGCUUGAGGGUUGAGUCGAAGGUGGCUGUGAGGAAAUGGUCCGCGAGGGAUUUCGUGACGCUCUUCUUCUUCUCUGUUUCGUGUUUGGUUCUUGCAAUGAUUAGGCUCAUUCUCUGCGAUUAGAUUCUUUUGCUCUCUCUUUGUUUUUUUUUUUUUUUUUUUUUUAUCUUUUGUUAUAGUUUGCAGUACUAUUCAGCAGAAAGUCUCUUGUUUCUGCAAGUUUAAUGUUUGUUU